GGCGGGCGGGGUUCCCAGGGCCUCUUGUCCUCAGCUUCCAGACAGACACAACCAACAGUUGUACGUACGCUCGGCACCGCCGUCUCGGCUGAUCCGCAACUGGCCACUCCGUCUGCGGACCGUUGUAAGCAGCGCCGGAAAACAGACCCAGCCGGUCGCGCAAAACCCGCGCCGCGCUGACACCUCUCAAUUCCACUCUCAACCACAUCCAGCCAGACGCCCGCCCGGGCGCAGCACGGCGGCGAGCGUCGAUAGGCCGGCCGUUCGUCCGUCCCACAGAGCCCUGGUCCGCGGAGAGGCGAGGCAUGGCACAGAGUGUGCCGCCUAGGACCGACCAGCAUCGGCUCGUGGAGGACCACCUGAACGGAGGAAAGCCCAACGGCCAAGAAACCAGCACCAGCAUGCCGGCGCCCUCAGGCCCGCGGCCACGGCUGCACUACCGCAAGCUCGACUGGAGCAAGGCCGAGAUGCGGUUCCUCGAGCUGCGGACGACUCCCCGUGGCUUGAUCGAGGACCCCGUUGUGUGCCGGAUGGUGCAGAUCCCGCUCGACAACGACGUCGACUUCAUCGCCAUCUCGUCCCUGCUUGGGGACGGCGAUGAGACGGAGAAGAUCCAGAUCAACAGCCAGACGGUGCCCAUCCCCGCGCACAUUGCGCAGGCCCUGCGGCACACCCGCGCCGUCUUUGCGCCACACACGCAGAGGAGCGGCAGCGCGGGCAGCGGCGGCAGCGGGAGCUCGCGGCCGCGGUGGCUGACGCAGCUGAUGCGGCACUUUGGCAGCAAGAGCUCGCCUGGCGACGGCGAGCAUGCCGAGCCGAUACUGCGGAUCUGGAUCGACUGCCUCUGCAUCAACCCCGAGGACCGGCGGGAGAGGGCACAGCAGCGAAGCAUCAUGGGCCGCGUGUACUGGAAGGCGCAGACGGUCGUGGGCUGGGUCGGGCUCAAGAUCCCCCAGACCGACGCGGGCAUUCGGCUCAUUCGCGACUUUGACGACGCCAUGCCCGCGUCCUUCCACGAGCCCGGCGACCGCGUCCUGCACCCGGAGCACUACUCGCCGCAUCACGAAUGGGCAAAGGCCGUCAUCCACCACUUUGACGCCAGCGCCGUCGGAGCCAUUGGCACCGCCGACUUCCUCAACCGCUCCUUCUUCAAGCGCCGCUGGAUCAUCGAGGAGAUGGCCCUCGCUAAAGUGGCCACCUUCCUCAUCGGCGACGCCAUUGUCUCCUGGAACCAGCUGCUGCGGCUCAACCUCGCUAUGGAGGAGUUCAAGGACUACCCAUCCAACGUGUGCCCGGCGGAGACACGGCCCAUGAUCCACAACUUCCCGCUCGAGACGAUCCACGCCCUGCUCGACGAGUUUGAGCGCCGCAAGGCCAUGGAGAAGCUCGAAGGCCUCAACCGGUCCAUGGCGCCCAGUUACGACAGCCGGGACACGGGGUCUACCUAAAAAGGCGGAUAGUGGUGGUGGCAGCACGCAUGAAUAAAAAAAAAGUUUCAGAGCGGGGAGGGGCGUAUUUUCUUCCAUCAUUCAUUUUAAAAAAGCGAAACACGUUUUCAGACGUCCGACCGACCAGGUCCAUGAGACUCAUGCGCACGCAGAUCAAAGGUCAUGCUUUCCCAUUCUCCUUUCUCCCUGUACAAAGAUAGCACUCCUGUCCUGGUUCUUUAUGGUCUGCACACACCCCCCCUCCUCACACCCCACUCUUUUUGGGGGGGGCUUUGUUCAUUGAUGACGCAUCUGGCUUUAUGUUCAUUGAGUUUGGAUAGACGUUUGGAGUGGCUCAGAUACCCGAAUAGAGGCCCUUAUCGAAAUACUUUCCGUCCUAUACCUGAAUGCGAAGAGUGCUCAACA